AUGCAGCUCACCGCACCCAUCUUCGCCUCCAUCGUCGCUCUCCUGACGCUCGCGGCGCCGGCGGUUGAAGCAAGCCCUGUCGCGCUGCGAGCGAAGGUAGGCGAGUCAAGCCCUCCACGCACUCGCAUCUGGAUGGCGGGAAACACGCGCGACGAGGACAAGAGCGAGAUAUUCAAGCAGACGCGUGACGAGGACGACACCGACAUAUUCCGCAGGUGCUCGCCUGAGGUGGGAGACUGUUUCCCGCGAAUGACCGUGUUCAUCGUCAACUGA